CGAGGACACUUUUCUCUUUGAGUUAACUAAGAAACCAACAGCUACAACAUGUCUGGACGUGGAAAGGGAGCCGGUAAGACCAGAGCGAAGGCCAAGACCAGGUCCUCCAGGGCCGGGCUCCAGUUCCCCGUCGGCCGUGUCCACAGACACUUGAGGAAGGGUAACUACGCCCACCGUGUCGGCGCCGGAGCUCCGGUGUACCUGGCGGCGGUGCUGGAGUACCUGACCGCUGAGAUCCUGGAGCUGGCCGGCAACGCGGCCCGCGACAACAAGAAGACCCGGAUCAUCCCCCGGCACCUGCAGCUGGCCGUCCGCAACGACGAGGAGCUCAACAAGCUGCUGGGCGGAGUGACCAUCGCUCAGGGCGGCGUGCUGCCCAACAUCCAGGCGGUGCUGCUGCCCAAGAAGACCGAGAAGGCCGCUAAGAAGUAGAGGCCCGGACCACCACAACAACAACAACAACGGCUCUUUUAAGAGCCACGCACACAACUAGAGACAACAUCCUUUUAUAUUAAUGUGAUCAAGGGUUUAGAUCUGGUUCAAUAAAAAAAAAAGAUCUUAUUGAAUCUACAUGAAUAUUUAUUUAGAAAACUUGAUUAUCUACUUUACCUAAAUCUAAUUAAAUUACAUGAAUUGUAAUAACGAGAACUACUAUUCUUUUCAACUAAUAAUUAUCCUUUUGGUUUUAUAUCUGAUGAUUAUUAGACAUAUAUAUUUAAAUGAUAAUAUAUAUAAGGAGUAUCUGACCGUUGACAGGAUUGACUUGUAUAUAUUUUUACUCUCAAGUUAAAUCUUACUUUGUUCGCGCAUGCUCAGUCUCGAACACAAAGCGCAGCCAAUCCUGUGCGAGCGACGGCACAGUCUCAUUAGCAUCACGGGCGCAUAUACACAGCUCAGGAGCGACACUGAGUCUUCAGUUAAACUAAGAUACUUGAACCAAGAUAACAUGCCGGAACCCAGCAUGAAAGCGCCCAAGAAGGGCUCCAAGAAGGCCGUCUCAAAGGCCACUAAGACCGGCAAGAAGAGGAGGAAGUCCCGGAAGGAGAGCUACGCCAUCUACGUGUACAAGGUGAUGAAGCAGGUCCACCCCGACACCGGCAUCUCCUCCAAGGCCAUGGGCAUCAUGAACUGCUUCGUGAGCGACAUCUUUGAGCGCAUCGCCGGCGAGGCCUCCCGGCUGGCUCACUACAACAAGCGCUCCACCAUCACCUCCAGGGAGAUCCAGACCGCCGUCCGCCUGCUGCUGCCCGGGGAGCUGGCCAAGCACGCCGUGUCUGAGGGCACCAAGGCCGUGACCAAGUACACGAGCUCCAAGUGAAGCUGCUGCUAGACCUCCAGCACAACGGCUCUUUUGAUCUGUAUCCAAGUUCUUUAAUUAUUUGUAUAUUUAUAAUCUAUAUGUUCAUCUUUAAUAUUUAUUAUAUUUAACAUCAAACACUGUAAAUGGUCCAAUGUUAUACAUGCAUUGUCAAAGUAUAUAAAGUUAUUAAACCAGAAUAAUUGAUGCCA